UGUACAAAAUGAACGCCUUAUGUCUGUUUUCUACUAUUGUGUUUUCUCUCUUAUGUAUACUUUAUUAUUUAAUAAGUAAAAAACGUAAUUAUUGGAAAAAGAGAAAGGUGCCGCAUCUAAAACCAUCAAUAUUUUUUGGAAAUUAUAAAGAUUAUAUUACAUUAAGAAAAUAUUCACCGAAGAUUACACAAGAAAUAUGUCAAAACUUUCCCGAUUCCCCGUACGUUGGGGUGUACUAUGGAACAGAACCAGCUCUCGUAAUACAGGAUCCUGAAAUGAUCAAACUCGUCUUGGCAAAGGACUUCUACUAUUUUAACAGCAGAGAAGUCGCAGAUCAUACACAUAAAGAAUUAAUCACUCAGAACAUGUUCUUCACCGGUGGCGAUAGAUGGAAAGUUCUUCGACAAAACUUAACCGCUCUGUUUUCAUCGGCGAAAUUGAAAAACAUGUUUUACUUAAUUGAAAACUGUGCCACGCAGUUGGAAAAAGUAAUCGAUGAGGAUUUAAAAUCGAGUAAAACAAAUGUGAUUGAAAUAAAGUCUCUUCUGUCGAGGUAUACCAUGGACUGUAUAGGAUCUUGUGCGUUUGGAGUAGACACAGGCACCCUUGCUGGCAAAGAUAUGCACAGAAAUCCAUUUACAAUAAUGGGUGACAAACUAUUUGAUAUUACCAUUUCUGGUGCCCUGAAAAUGAUCGGUCGAGCAAUGUGGCCUGCGGCAUUUUAUGCAUUCGGCUUAAAAUGGUUUGGUGAUGACAUAGUCAAGUUCUUCGAUCGAUUGUUAAAAGGUGUAUUCGCAGAUCGUUCUUAUAAGCAAUCGUCGAGAAACGACUUUGUUGAUUUCGUUUUGGGUUGGAAACAAAAGAAUAAUUUAAUUGGAGACAGCGUAAAGAAUUUCAAAACGGGUAUGAAGUCUACUAUUGCUCUCGAGGUAAACGACGAUUUGCUUGUGGCACAGUGCAUUUUAUUCUUCGCUGCUGGUUUUGAAACGACAGCUACGACAACCGCUUUUACAUUUUAUGAACUGGCGAAACAUCCGAGUGCUCAAGCUCGAGUUAUUGAAGAGGUUACCGAUUACUUUGACCGUCAUAAUGGCAAAGUAGAAUAUGAAUGCAUCAAUGAAAUGCCGUACCUUCAAGCUUGUAUUGACGAAACUCUUCGACUGUAUCCAGUUUUGGGAAAUUUAACAAGGGAAGUCGUAGAGACAUACACUCUACCAACUGGUUUGCGCUUAGAAAAGGGCGACCGUAUACAUAUACCGGUAUAUCACAUUCAUCACAGUCCACAAAAUUUUCCGGAGCCAGAGGAAUUUCGUCCUGAAAGGUUUUAUGGUGCAGAAAAGCAAGCUAUCAAACAGUUCACCUACAUACCUUUUGGUGAAGGACCUAGAAUUUGCAUGGGUCUUCGUUUUGCGAGGAUGCCAAUAGUGGCUGGAUUACUUACUAUUUUAAAGAAAUACAGGGUGGAGCUAGCUGAUGAUAUGCCUAGAAAUAUUAAAUUUCAACCGAGAUCGUUUGUCACACAACCGAUGGGUGGUAUAAGCCUUAAAUUUAUUGCUCAUCAAGCCUAGUAUCAAAAACAACCUAUUUUCCCUUGCGAAGUAAAUUUUUAUCUAUUUAAAUGAGCAGUUUUUGUAUGUCUAAUAUUCCGUGUAUCUCAGAAACGGCACUAUCAUUGUUUGGUUGUACUUUUUUAAAAUUUAGAUAAGGUUUUGCUUCUUAAGUAAUUUCAUAUAGAUAGGUGUUCUUUAUUGUUUUUAUUAUCUCUUAAAUGUCUAAUGCUCCUAAUAUUGCGAUGAAAAUUAAAAUUUAGAAAAAAUUUUGCUUCUUGGGUUUGUACAUUUAUCCUUACAUGAUAAUACAUAUUAUAAAGCAAAGGCCCCCUCUGCGCAUGUCUGUCUGUCUGGGCGCAAAAGACUCAAAACGACUGGACUGAUUUUCAUAUGGUUUUUACCAAUGGAGUACAGAGUGAUUCAUGAGGAAGGUUUUAAUGUAUAAUUCAUUAUGUUUUUCUGUAAAUAGGCUGAAAUAUAACGAUGAUUGUUAUUGAUGUUGGAAAAAAUCAUGCCGACUGGGAGCUUUACUGGCGUGAUCCGCGAAAAUUAUUAAUUAUGUAUAAAAUUAAUGAACUACAUGUUUGAAGUAAUCAUCAUUGCCGACGAAGAUGUCGGCGAGGCUAUAUAUCUAUAUCUAACUAUCAUUGUUAAGUCUCAAUAACCAAAUUUUUAAUUAGAGCUGUGGUUGAAUCAAAUGAUGACGAUCCUAUUAUAAUUAACUUUGUAAAUUCCUCAUUAAAUUAUUCAAAUUACCCAUCUUUUAGAUAUUACGACGGGUAUGAGAAUGCUCAAAGUCAAAAAAAAUGCAGCGGUGUAAGCCAAACAGACCCCUGGCAGACCAUUAAAUACAGAGGUACUUACACCUCUAACAGUAUUUUGUAUUGGACCAACAGAAAGCUUUUUUAGAUUAGAGAUCCUUAAUAAAAUUGCAAUAAUGAGUGUUUGGUGUGGAGUAUAAGGAUUGAAGACCCACAAAAGUAAAUCCACAUCACCCAUCCAACUGUAUGCAUUUAACAGUAGUUUUCAUGUAAAAUUUAAGAUAUUUGAAUAAAAACUUUGAAUUACCGAGAGACCAUAGUUUAGAGCCAAUUUAAGAGUUUAAUAAAAAAAACCUACCUAAAAUCUGCACUGGGUAGUUAGCAGGUAGUUAAAAUAAUAACAUAAUUAGAAAUAGACAUAACUGACACAUAUUAUUAUAUAUAAAUAGUAAUUGUUGGAAAUUAUAGUGUUUACUAAGCACAUACCUAUUACCUAGCGAAUAAGGCAAAGAUCUCAUUACAACGACUCUGAUGCUGUUUUUUUCUAUAUUAUAAAAUACAACGUGAAAUGAAGUUCA